GAUCGUUUUAAGUAUAGCCUUAACAAGUAAUGAACCAAUCAGAGGGUCAUAUUAACGUCUUAAGACAUUACUUAAGACAGUCUUGAAAUAAAAACCGACUAUUAAUACCGUCCAAUGAAUGCACAAUAGAAUUCCAUAGAAUGACACAAUAGCGCAUUCUUCGAAGACAUAAUGGAAUCAGAAUUUUUUAAGUCCACAGAUAGUCUGAGAUAAUUGAUAUUAGUAGCAUGACUAGUAUAGAUGCGUUCGGCAAUGUAAAGAGAUGCGAGUUAGCAGAUGGUGGAGAAGCAGACGACUAAGUGCCAAGUAAAAUCAAGGUUAUAGUAGACUAAUUGUGUGAAUUCUAAAUUGCGUUAAAAAACUUUUCAGUAUGACGCACGUAAAUUCAUUUAUUCUGAGUACUUUGGAAAAUGGAAUUCAAAAAGUGGUGCUUAAUAAACCCGCCAGAAAAAACGCACUUUCACUUCAAAUGUAUAAGGAAUUAAAAAUGCUUUUAAAUGAAUCUGCUAAAAACAACAAAGUAUUAAUAUUUGUAUUGACAGCAAAUGGAGAUUUUUUUAGCAGUGGCAAUGACAUAACUGCCUCAAUGGAAUCUCUUUCGGUUUCUAUUGAUACAAUUAAAGAAUUAAUUGAUACUAUCAUUAUGUAUCCAAAGCUUUUAAUAGCUGUUGUGAAUGGACCAGCAAUAGGAAUAGCAACUACAAUAUUAGGAAUUUUUGAUAUAGUUUAUGCUUCAGAUAAGGCAUAUUUUCAAACACCAUUCAGCUCUUUGGGUCUUAUUGCUGAAGGAUGUUCUUCGUAUACAUUCCCAAGAUUACUGGGACAUUCCAAAGCUGGAGACAUGUUGUAUUUAGGGUACAAGAUGAAUGCUCAAGAAGCCAAACAACAUGGUUUGGUUAGCCAAGUGUACAAUCAUGAUUCUCUUGAAGAAGUAUGGAAUUAUUUGAACAAAAUAUCGACACUUUCUUCACAGUCAAUAUUGGCGACUAAGCGAUUAGUGAGUAGAUGGAACAAAGAAAUUUUAUUAAAAGUUAAUGAGGAAGAAAUGGAAGAGUUGAAAAAACUAUUUGAAUCUCCCGAGCUAAUCCAAAGGCUGUUAAAUUUUUUGUCACGAAAAAAUAAGCUUUAACAUACUUUAUAUUUUUUUAAUA